AAUAGUAUGGCGAAUAACACUGAUUAUGUUCAGGUUCUUUGGGAGCUGAAAUACUCCGAUCUCGCUUUAAGCAGUACCAUUCUAAUAAUAAUCGGAUGUAUCGUUGGAAUCAUAGGGAAUGGUUCAGUUAUAAUAUGUUACUUCUUUCGGAUUCAAGAAAGAGGAGAGCGUUAUUUUAUUCCGGUGUUGGCAGUCGUAGACUUAGUUGCUUGUAUAACAAGUUCUAUCUUCUACGUGAUGGAUAAUACAUUUUUCUUCAGUUAUCCCCAUGAUUUGAUGUGUCGUAUUCUGACAUUUUUGCAGCUACUUGUACCAGCGACUUCGGCAAGUUUAUUAGUCAUAAUUAGUGUUCAAAGAUAUCUUUUAGUUUGCAAACCUCACGUACCAAAGAUGACAUUACGUUUGAAAAGGAUUUCAAUUGGUGUCGCAUGCUUGUUUACUUUAUCUUACUCUGCACCGAUGCUUGCGAUAUCUGGAAUUAAAACAUCAAAUGAAACGUUUCAGAAUCAUACAAUACAAAUUACAGUCUGUAAAUUUUCAACAGCAGAAACUUCAGCUAAGAUAACAGUGUACUUCGGUUUUCUUCUUUUGUUAACGAUUAUCAGUACUCUGAUAACCAUAGGUUUGUUCAUACCAGUUUUGAAGACGAUAAAACUCUCCCUUCUUGGGAAAUUCAGAAAUUGGCGUAAGUCAAGUAAACACAGGAAAAAACCACCUAAUACUGAUUCGGCGUCAACAAAAGAUAUAGAACUGGGGAAAUACGUAGGAAAAAAUCCUGAAAUUCAGAUCCUUGAAAAAUCAAGCUCAAAUCCAAGUAUUGAUACAUCCUCUACUUUGAGAGGUGAUAUUAAUAAACCAGUAAAUACUUUAACAACCGAGGACAGUGAAAGAAUAAAAAAGGAAAAGGCAACAAGAAGAAUAACAAUUAUGUUUUUUGUCAUCAUUGUUGCUUAUGUUUUAUCUUAUAUUCCUGCGUUAAUCAUUUUAAUUUUAGUAUAUGCUGUUGGUGAUCUCAAUAAUUUUAUUUCUAUAUCCAGAGAGGCAGCAUUUGUUUGUACUUACCUUGCUCGUUUUGUGUUUCUAAACCAUAUUGUCAAUCCCUUUAUAUACAGUUACUUCGAUGAGAAGUUUAGAACAGAAUUGAGAAAGUUAUUUACACAGGUAAAUGAAUACUGGAUGGUACAAAAUGAUAAAUAAAGUGUAAAGGCACAGUUGGAUUGAGAAAUUGUGUUGAUUUAUUCAAUCAUAAACACGUUAACUAGAUUUCAAGAGACUCAAUUUCACUGCCUAUUUUGGUUGAGGCAUUUUGACUGAUUUUAAUAUAAUAACCUUCUUACUGUCAACGUUAACGGUAAACUCUUUUCAUGUUGCAAUAAAUGGAACCUUUCAAAUAAUAAAAAUGUAGAUGUAAAUAUUGCUGAGAGAGAUGUGUCAAACACAGUUUAUUCGAGUAUCCGAGAAUUUGCCAUCGAGUGUUCGGUCUUCAGAGCGAGUACUUGUCAGGAAUAUGGUUGGUCACUUAAAAGAAAAUGGUUAAAUUAAGAUUACUUUGCUAAUUUUAUGAAAUUCAGUAACAUAACAAUUACUCCUAAAUUCAAAUGUAAUCGAUUA